AUGUUCUUAACAUACUUUGUCGUCGCAAGUUUGUUGGUGGCUGUGCCGUCAGCCCCUACAUCCCUAGAAGAUGAAAAAGGUCGAAAGACACAUGGUGUCAACGUUAUUGCUCCGAUAAACGUGCCCAGCGCUUCUCCACAACAGCCUGUUGAUCGAGGAUUUUGUGGCCUUGCAUCCGAGGCAAGAUCUUUUUAUGAGUAUAUGGACACGCCUGAGAAACCCAAUCAAUUCUCGAUGAAUAUGAUCAAUGCCAUUUCAGAACGAACCAAAGUCCAACUAAUCGUCAGAGUUGGAGGAACAUCACUGGAUGCUUCUAUGUACAAUAGAUCGCAAGAACAGGCGAUUGAUAUCCCCAAAGACCAAGAAGGACAAGGAGUUCCACGACACAUGAAACUCGGCCCAUCUUACUUCGACGCAUUCAAAUGGUCGAAAUGGUCUGCUGAUAUUUCCAAGGCCCUGGGUCUUCAUGCUAGCAGCCAGGUCUAUCAAGGCUUUACGCUUGUUUCGAAGACCAAGAGGAUCUUGCAUGGCCAGAAGCCGGUGGAGGACUGGUCGAUUGAGGAUGCUUGGAACAAAGGGUUGAAGGAUAUUUCGGAUCGUAUCAAAUCGAUCUCUAUGCACUACUAUCAAAUCGAGAAUAGCAAAUAUCAGAACCACGAAGCAGUCCUCAAAUUGUCACUCUAUAUUAAAUAUGCAGCCCACUUCCUCAGCAAACAAAAGCCCGCUAUUCCCCUUGCACUGGCCGAGACCGCAGUAGCAAUUGGAGACGGCGACACUGAACCUCUCGGGUCCACCCUGAUCGGCGUCGACUUCAUGCUUCACACAAUGUCCAUUGGCGUCAAUCGAAUCAACUACCGGUCUGGCCUCAACUAUGGGUUUAAUCUCUAA